AUAAUUCUAGAACGCGUGAAAAGGGUUAAGACGAGUGGAAGACAGGCACAGAGAAUCCGUGGUGACAUCCUCUACCAACUCUCCAGCAUAAAGCAAGCCACAGUCACAGAGACGGAGAUCAGAAGUAAUUUUUUAACGGCCACACCUCACAAUGCCUGCCAAAUUGUAAAUCAAAGAUCCGUCGAUCCAUUUGGAGUUGCACCUGAUGCCAUUCUUCUCUUACUACUACUCACUUCCUUUUAAGCCAAAAUCAAGAAAAAGUUUCCAGUAAUAAACUAUGUUUGAAUUGGGAGCAUGGUGGUAAAGAGAUAGGAAGGCAUUCUCUAUGCCUAUACAUGUGGAAAAGGUUGCAUCUCACAACACAGUCCAUUGCCUUAAGGAUAUGCUAAAAGACUGUGUUGUCUUCAGUUUAAAUUUGCUAUGGAGAAGUUGGCUAUGGACAUGAGUAAAUGUAACUUAAUACAACAGUCCAAACUAUGAAGUUGUUUUAAAUGCAAGCCUCAAGUUAACAUGAUGAGUAAGGAAAAUUUAUCACAACCAAUCAGCAGUGGAGUCAGGAAUGAUGGUCACUCACCUAGUGAGAGUGAAGAUUUAGGGACUGGCGCACGUUGCAGUCUAGAUGCAGGUAUAGCAACUUGUCGUGUGUGCCAAUGUGCUGAAUCUGACAAAAGGGGAGAUACUGCUUUGGGGUUUUUGGGCAUUGUUCCUCCAUUGCAAGAAGCACGUAAAAGUAGUGGUGCAGUAAAACAUGAAAGCAAGGAAGUCCCCUUGAAUGCUGAAGCUGACCAGUUCCAUGGCAAAAAUACUGGAAGAGAAUCAGGGCUGGUUGAGUUCUUUAGCCCUGAAGGGGAGGUUUUCAUUUGUAAUGCAGAUACAGAUUUAGAAUUGGGUUCUCACCACCAACAAGACUUGUUAAUUGAACUUGGCUGCUCUUGCAAAAGUGAUCUUGCCCUGGUGCACUAUGCAUGUGCUCUCAAGUGGUUUGUCAAUCAUGGAUCCACUGUCUGUGAAAUCUGUGGACAUGUUGCAAUAAAUAUCAGGACUUCAGACUUUAAAAAGGUUAUGGCUGCUUUGAAGGAUUAUGAAGCAUUGAGGGAAAGGACUGCCACUGGAGACCCUAAUCCUGCUCAGGUGCAUGCUAGUGCAGGUGUUGAUCCCGAUGCUGUUGCUGGUGUUAGAAGGCAACGGCUAAGUGAAAUUUCGUUGUGGUUUUGUCCCCACAAUAAUAACAACAAUAAUUAUAAUAAUAAUUCUGCUGCAGUUUCACAGGUUGUUUCUGAACAACCCCUGAGUACUGUCACAGAAGAUAUUGUCCCUGCUGGUAAUCGUGCAACUAAAUGGGCUGUGGAAGGUACAGGGAUUUUGCUUGCAACAGGGCUACUCACUGUUACUCUAGCAUGGCUUAUUGCUCCCCGUGUUGGAAAGAAAACUGCCAAAAGUGGUCUUCAUAUUCUCCUUGGAGGCAUUUGUGCUCUAACAGUUGUGAUCUUCUUUCGCUUUAUUGUGCUCACCAGAAUCAAAUAUGGACCUGCUCGCUACUGGGCUAUCUUAUUUGUCUUCUGGUUUCUUGUGUUUGGUAUAUGGGCGUCACGGACACAUGAUGCUCAUACUACAUAGUUUCUCGGAGAUCAUAAAUGCAUGUGAACUUCUUUCUUUCCCCCUCCUGUUUCCUUUUUUUUUUUUUCACUCUUUUAUAUUUGGUUUCACCAAAUGGUAAAAUUUGAUUAGCGGCUUUGAAGAACUUCAUUGUGAUGCAUUUGUUCUGUAAUUCAUGUGAAUAGACAAGACCAUUGCUCGGGAUAGAAUGCUUUUAGCAGGAACUGCCAUUUUAGAGUAUAAUGAUUUUUAUCUGAUUGUUUUCAUUUGUUUA